AUGUCUCCUCCAAUGACAGGUUCAACAAGGCCGUUGGUUUUAUCCCACGGUUCAUUAGAGCACGUUCUGUUAGUGCCCACACAGUCGUUCUUCUCUGCGCAUGAACUACAUGAUCAGUUUAAAAAGACUCUUCCCGAGCCAACUGAAAGUUUCGCAUCAGAUGCUGAACCAUCAUCCCCAACGGAAUUGUUGGGUAAAUUCUUAGGAUUCUUGGCAGAAUUUGCAUCAGUACAAGAAUCUCAUUAUGGACCAGUUCUAAACGUUGCAUUGACAGAAUUUGAAAAUAGUUAUUUGAAAGGUAAUGAUGUUCAUUCUGUUGCUGCUAAUCUAGUUAAGGAUCAAGAUGUUUAUCCAACGACUUUAUCGAAGGCUAAGGAGCUGGUAAGGAAUUACGUUGCUGCCAAAGUCGAAUCUCAUAGACCUUUUGAAAAAUCACAAUCUGCACUUUUCAAAUCAUCAUCCCAAGGUGAAUCUCAAAUAGCAGCAAUCUUUGGUGGUCAAGGUAACACAGAUGAUUAUUUUGAAGAACUACGUGAGUUAUAUCAAACUUACCGUCCAUUGAUUGGUGAUAUUAUCAAAUUCGCAGCAGAAACUUUGGGUGAAUUGGUUACAUCAACUUUGGACACUGAAAAAGUUUUCACUCAAGGGUUUAACGUUCUUGAAUGGUUAGAAAACCCAUCAAAGACCCCUGAUACCGAUUAUUUGCUUUCAAUUCCAAUUUCAUGUCCAUUAAUUGGUGUAAUUCAAUUAGUUCACUAUGCAACAACCGCUAGAUUGUUAGGUUUCACUCCAGGUGAGUUGAGAUCUUACUUGGUUGCAGCUACUGGUCAUUCUCAAGGUUUAGCUACUGCUGUUGCCAUUGCAGAAGCCGAUUCCUGGGAAUCUUUCUUCCUAUCUUUUAAGAAAGCAAUUUCAUUACUGUUCUUUAUCGGUGUCCACUGUUAUUUGGCUUAUCCAAAUACUUCAUUACCACCAUCUGUUCUACAAGAUUCUGUGGAGAAUAACGAAGGUACUCCAUCCCCCAUGUUAGCAAUUUCUAACUUAACAAAGGAACAGGUUCAAGACUAUGUUGAUAGAACUAACUCUCACUUGCCAAGUGAGAAGCACAUUGUACUUUCAUUGAUUAACGGUGCAAGAAACUUGGUGGUUACAGGUCCACCACAAUCUCUAUACGGGUUGAAUUUAAGUUUGCGUAAGGCUAAGGCCCCAUCAGGUUUAGACCAGGCAAGAAUUCCUCACGGUGAGAGAAAAUUAAAAUUCUUCAACCGUUUCUUACCAGUGGCAUCUCCAUUCCAUUCUCAUCUUCUAUCACCAGCUAAAUCGUCUAUUGAUGAAGAUUUGGCUCGUUACUCCAUUGAAUUUAGUCAAUCAGCUCUAAAUAUUCCAGUUUAUGACACUUUCACCGGAGAAGAUAUGAGACACCAAAAGGGUUCUAUUGCCCAAAGAAUUACCGAAUGUAUCAUUACUUUACCAGUCAAAUGGGAGUUAACCACUAGAUUCAAUUCUACUCACAUUCUAGAUUUCGGACCAGGUGGUUCAUCUGGUCUAGGUGUUUUAACCCAUAGAAAUAAGGAUGGUACUGGUGUUCGUAUCAUUGUCGCUGGUACUCUAGAUAACAAUGUCGAAGACGAAUUUGGCUUCAAGCAAGAAAUUUUCGACGUUACCGCUAACGGUGUAAAGAGAAAUGCUAAUUGGCUCAAAGAGUUCCACCCUAAAUUGGUCAGAAACAAAUCUGGUCAAGUUUUUGUCGAUACCAAAUUCUCUAAAUUGUUAGGUAGACCACCAUUGUUGGUACCAGGUAUGACACCAACCACCGUCUCACCUGAUUUCGUUGCAGCUACCGUUAACGCUGGUUAUCAAAUUGAAUUGGCUGGUGGUGGUUACUUCGCACCUGAUCACAUGACUCGUGCCAUCGACCAUGUUGUUAACAACAUCAAGAAGGGUUACUCACUGGGUAUUAAUUUAAUCUAUGUCAACCCUAGAAUGUUACAAUGGGGUAUUCCAUUGAUUAAAGAGUUGAGAGAAAAGGGUUACCCAAUUCAAUAUCUAACCAUUGGUGCAGGUGUUCCAUCUUUGGAAGUUGCCACUGAAUACAUUGAGACUCUACAUUUGAGACAUUUGGAUUUGAAACCAGGUUCUGUCGAUGCUAUUUCUCAAGUGAUUAACAUUGCUGCAGCUCACCCUAACUUCCCUAUCGUCUUGCAAUGGACUGGUGGUAGAGGUGGUGGUCACCAUUCCUUUGAAGAUUUCCAUGCACCAAUUUUGCAAAUGUACUCCAAGAUCAGAAGACACCAUAACAUCAUCUUAAUUGCUGGUUCUGGAUUUGGUUCUGAUGAAGAUACCUAUCCAUACUUAACCGGUGAAUGGUCCAAGAAAUUCGACUAUCCACCAAUGCCAUUCGAUGGUGUCUUGUUUGGUUCUAGAGUUAUGAUUGCUAAGGAGGCAAAGACUUCUUUGGCCGCCAAGGAGUUGAUUUCAUCAUGCUCUGGUGUCAGGGACGAACAAUGGCAACAGACUUAUAAGAAGCCAGCUGGUGGUAUUGUCACUGUUCGCUCAGAAAUGGGUGAACCAAUUCACAAGAUCGCUACUCGCGGUGUCAUGUUAUGGAAGGAAUUGGAUGAUACCGUCUUCAACGUGCCCAAGAACAAAUUACAAGGUGUUCUGGACUCAAAGAGAGACUACAUCAUUAGUAAAUUAAAUGCUGAUUGUCAAAAACCAUGGUUCCCCACCGUCAAUGGUGAAGUUCGUGAUUUGACUAACAUGACUUACGAACAGGUUGUCAAAAGAUUGGUAGAAUUGAUGUUUAUCAGAUCCACCAAUUCUUGGAUCGAUGUCACUUUGAGAAACUUCACUGGUGAUUUCUUGCGUCGUGUGGAAGAACGUUUCACUAAGGUCAAGGCACAUUCUAUUGUUCAAUCUUAUGCCGCCUUGGAUCAACCAGAUAAGGUCGUUGAAGAUGUCUUUGCUGCUUACCCUGCUGCUACAGAGCAGUACUUGAAUGCACAGGAUAUUGAUUUCUUCUUGAACUUAUGUCAAAGACCUGUUCAAAAACCAGUUCCAUUUGUCCCUGUCUUGGAUCACAGAUUCGAAUUUUUCUUCAAGAAAGAUUCCUUAUGGCAAAGUGAACAUUUGGAAUCUGUGGUUGAUGAAGACGUGCAAAGAACUUGUAUCUUGCACGGUCCAGUCGCUGCUCAAUUUACCAACAAGGUUAACGAACCUAUCAAGGAUAUCUUGGAUAACAUUCACCAUGGUCACAUCAAAAAAUUGUUAGAGGCUAAUUACGAUGGUCAAGAAUCCAACAUUCCUGAAGUGGAAUACUUUGGUGGUCAAUCACCUAACCCAGAUACGCAAUCUCCACAAAUUGUUGCUGAAAGAACCACCGAUGGUAAGGAAGUGUUCAAGGCCGAUGCUUCUACUGACGCCGAUGCUUGGUUUAGAUCUCUAGCCGGUAAGGAAAAGAACUGGAGAAAUGCAUUUUUCUCCGUGGCAGAGUACGUCCAAGACUCUUGCUUUGCUGAAAAUGCUGCAAAGAAAGUAUUUAAACCAGCUGAUGGUGUCGUCGUGGAGGUAGCUCAUCCUAAUGAUGCAUUAAAGACUGUAGUUACCAUGUUGGAAUCGAUUCAAGGCGAAUGGAAGAAGGUCGCUGUUUUGAAAUUGGCUGAAAACAGUUUGAUCCAAUUGGAGUUAAUUGAAAACAGAACCAGAGAUGGUACUCCAGUUUCCUUGCCUCUAUUGUACAAAUAUCAACCAGAAGAUGGGUUUGCACCAAUUUCUGAAGUCAUGGAGGGUCGUAACAACCGUAUCAAGGAAUUAUACUGGAAAUUGUGGUUAGAUGAACCAUUGGAUUUGAACUUCGAUCCUAGAAAGGUUAUCAAAGGUAGUAAGGAUGUCAAGAUCACUCGCAGCGGUAUCCAAGAAUUCGCCCAUGCCAUUGGUAAUACUUGCGAGGAUUUCGUGCCUAGAUCUGGUAAGAAGCUUUUGGCUCCAAUGGAUUAUGCUAUUGUCUUGGGUUGGAGAGUUAUCAUUAAGGCCAUCUUCCCUGAGGCUGUCGAUGGUGAUUUGUUGAAAUUGGUUCACAUGAGCAACGGUUACAGAAUGAUUCCUGGCGCUAAGCCAUUAAAGGAAGGUGAUGUGAUUUCUAGUUCUGCAAUGGUCCAAUCUGUGGUCAAUUUGCCUACUGGUAAGAGGGUUGAAGUUGUUGGUACUUUGACCAGAGAAGGUAAACCUGUCAUGGAAGUUACCUCUUCAUUCUUUUACAGAGGUAAAUACACUGAUUUCCAAAACACUUUCCAAAAAACUGUGGAACCAGUUUAUCAAGUCCACAUCAAAUCUCCAAGAGACAUUGCUGUUCUUCGUUCUAAGGAAUGGUUCCAGUUGGACGACGAAGAAGUCAAUCUAUUGGGUAAGGUUUUGACUUUCACAACUGAAACUGAGGUUACUUUCAAGAAUGCUAAUGUUUUCUCCUCCGUUAGAUGUUCUGGUUCCAUCAAGAUGGAAUUGCCAACUACUGAAAAUGUGGAGAUCGGUAUUGUCGAUUACGAAGCUGGUGAAUCCUAUGGUAACCCUGUUGUUGAAUACUUGAAGAGAAAUGGUUCAACUCUAGAGCAAAAAAUUAACCUAGAGAACGCUAUCCCAAUGGGUGUGUUAGAAUUACAAUCUCCAAGCACCAACGAACCAUAUGCCAGAGUCUCUGGUGAUUUGAACCCUAUCCAUGUUUCCAGACACAUCGCCAACUACGCUAACUUGCCUGGUACUAUCACUCAUGGUAUGUACACAUCAGCUGCUGUUCGUGCCUUGAUUGAAAACUGGGCAGCUGACAGUGUCUCCUCUAGAGUUCGUGGUUAUAGCUGUGAUUUCACCAGUAUGGUUUUGCCUAACACCACUUUGUCCGUUUCCAUUCAGCACGUUGGUAUGAUCAACGGCCGUAAGUUGGUUAAAUUCGAGACCAAGGACCAAGAUGAUGUUACCGUUUUGACUGGUGAAGCUGAAGUGGAACAACCUGUUUCUGCCUUUGUCUUCACUGGUCAAGGUUCUCAAGAACAAGGUAUGGGUAUGGAUCUAUAUCAAACUUCCGAGGUUGCCAGAAGAGUUUGGGACAGAGCUGAUAACCACUUUAAGGAGACUUACGGUUUCUCUAUUUUAGAUAUUGUUAGAAACAACCCAACUGAGUUGACCAUCCACUUUGGUGGUGAAAAGGGUAGAAGAAUCAGAAACAACUACUCUUCGAUGAUUUUUGAAUCCAUUGUCGAUGGUCAAUUGAAGACUGAAAAGAUCUUCAAGGAGGUUAAGGAGAACUCUUCUUCCUUCACUUUCAAGGCUUCCUCUGGGUUGUUAUCUGCAACUCAAUUCACCCAACCAGCAUUGACUUUAAUGGAAAAGGCAUCUUUUGAAGAUUUGAAAUCUAAGGGUUUGAUUCCAUCUGACGCAUCAUUCGCUGGUCACUCUCUAGGUGAAUACGCCGCUUUGGCUUCUUUGGCCGAUGUCAUGUCUAUCGAAUCUCUAGUGGAGAUUGUUUUCUACAGAGGUAUGACCAUGCAAGUUGCUGUGCCUAGAGAUGAGUUGGGUAGAUCCAACUACAGUAUGAUGGCCGUUAACCCAGGUAGAGUUUCAUCAACAUUUACUCAACGUGCUUUACAAUUCGUUGUCGAAAAGGUUGGCCAAAGAACCGGUUGGUUGGUUGAAAUCGUCAACUACAAUGUGGAGAACCAGCAAUACGUGGCUGCAGGUGAUUUGAGAGCAUUGGACACUUUGAGCAAUGUUUUGAACUUCAUCAAAUUACAAAAGAUCGAUAUUGAAAAAUUGCAAGCAACUUUAUCGAUAGAAAAGGUCGAAGAACACUUGUAUGAAAUCAUCGAUGAAAUUUCCAAGAAAUCUGAAGCUAAACCACAACCAAUUUCCUUGGAAAGAGGUUUCGCUUGUAUUCCAUUGCGUGGUAUUUCUGUUCCAUUCCACUCUUCUUACUUGAGAAAUGGUGUUAAGCCUUUCAAGAACUUCUUGAAGAAGAACGUUAAGAAGGAAAACGUUAGACCAGAAAGAUUGGUUGGUAAGUACAUUCCAAACUUGACUGCCAAGCCAUUUGCUAUUACCAAGGAAUACUUCCAAAAUGUUUACGAAUUAACUGGCUCAGAACAAAUUAAGGAGGUAUUGGACAACUGGGAAAAAUAUGAAAACUAA